GGAUGGGGGCUGCCCGCGGGAACCCUGUGUGAGAUGGCGGCUAACGCUCGGAGUGUUUAGGAGGUUUUUAGCUCCCUUACCGAAUCAAACCACCUGCCUUACUGGAUUCUGUUUGUGAGCCGUUAUGGAGGGCGGUAAGCCGAACCUGGCGCUGGUCUACCAGGCGGUCCAGGCUCUGUACCACGACCCGGACCCUGCUGGGAAGGAACGAGCCUCGCUUUGGCUCGGAGAGCUCCAGAGAUCGAUGUUUGCCUGGGAGAUCUCAGACCAGCUCCUGCAGCUCAAACAGGAUGUGGAGUCAUGUUAUUUUGCUGCUCAGACAAUGAAGAUGAAGAUCCAGACGUCUUUCUACGAGCUUCCAUCUGAGACCCAUAAUGCACUGCGAGACUCCCUGCUGACCCACAUCCAGAACCUCAAAGACCUGUCUCCCAUCAUUGUCACACAGCUGGCGCUGGCGAUUGCUGAUCUUGCUCUUCAAAUGGCGUCGUGGAAAGGAUGUGUUCACACGCUGAUAGAAAAAUACAACAAUGACAUCAGUUCGAUGCUGUUCCUUAUCGAGAUUCUGACUGUUCUACCAGAAGAAGUUCACAGCCGAUCUCUGAGGAUUGGAGCCAAUCGGAGAACAGAAAUCAUUGAAGACCUGGCGUUUUACUCCACCACCGUGGUCACACUGCUGACAUCCUGUGUGGAGAAAACUGGGACUGAUGAAAAGAUGCUCAUCAAGGUCUUUCGGUGUCUUGGCAGCUGGUUCAACCUGGGAGUCCUGGACAGUAACUUCAUGGCCAGUAAUCAGCUGCUGAUGGUCCUCUUCCAAAUCCUGCAGAGGGAUGAAACCUCGACCAAUUUACACGAAGCAGCAUCGGACUGCGUCUGCUCAGCCCUCUAUGCCAUAGAGAACGUGGACACCAACAUACCUUUGGCUCUGCAGCUCUUCCAGGGUGUUCUGACGCUGGAGACGGCUUAUCACAUGGCUGUGGCUCGAGAAGACCUGGACAAGGUGUUGAACUACUGCAGAAUCUUCACAGAGCUCUGCGAGACAUUUCUAGAAACCACAGUUAGGAGUCCGGGUCAGGGGAUGGGAGACUUGAGGACACUGGAGCUGCUGCUGAUCUGUGCAGGUCACCCGCAGUAUGAGGUUGUGGAGAUUUCUUUUAACUUCUGGUAUCGUCUGGGAGAACACCUGUAUAAAAUAAAUGAUGCCCACCUUCAUGGUAUCUUCAGACCGUACAUACAAAGACUGCUCCACUGUUUGGCCCGACACUGUCAGCUCGACCCGGACCAUGAAGGAAUCCCGGAGGAAACGGACGAUUUUGGGGAGUUCCGGAUGAGAGUGUCGGAUCUCGUUAAAGACGUUAUUUUUCUUGUUGGAUCCCUGGAGUGCUUCUCUCAGUUGUAUUCUACUUUAAAAGACGGGAACCCCCCCUGGGAGGUGACUGAGGCUGUUCUCUUUAUCAUGGCUUCGAUCGCUAAAAGUGUCGACCCAGAUAACAACCCGACUGUGGCAGAGGUUCUACAGCAGGUCGUGUUACUUCCUGAAAGUGUCCACAUGGCAGUUCGGUACACGAGCAUCGAGCUGGUUGGAGAAAUGAGCGACGUUGUGGACAGAAACCCGAGAUUUCUGGACCCAGUAUUGAACUACCUGAUGAAGGGUCUCAGAGAGAAACCUCUGGCAUCUGCGGCAGCAAAGGCCAUCCACAACAUCUGUUCAGUGUGCAGGGAUCACAUGGCUCAACACUUCCAGGGCCUACUAGACAUCGCUCGCUCCCUUGACUCUUUUGCUCUGUCCACGGAAGCUGCUGUUGGACUGCUGAAAGGUACGGCUCUGGUUUUGGCUCGUCUUCCUCUGGAGAAGAUUGCAGAGUGUCUCAGCGAUCUCUGUGCUGUUCAGGUGAUAGCUCUAAGAAAGCUUUUGUCAGAACAAUCUUCAAAUGGUAAAUCAGCUGAUCCAACCGUGUGGCUUGACAGACUGGCAGUUAUAUUCAGACACACAAAUCCCAUGGUAGAAAACGGACAGACACAUCCUUGUCAGAAAGUCAUCCAGGAGAUCUGGCCGGUGCUGUCAGAGACUCUAAACACUCACCAGGCUGAUAACCGGAUUGUGGAGCGGUGCUGUCGCUGUCUACGCUUUGCUGUGCGAUGUGUUGGAAAAGGCUCCGCCUCUCUAUUGCAACCUCUUGUCACUCAGAUGGUGAAUGUGUACCAGGUAUAUCCACACUCCUGCUUCUUGUACCUGGGAAGCAUCCUGGUAGAUGAAUAUGGAAUGGAGGAAGGCUGCAGGCAGGGACUGCUAGACAUGCUGCAGGCUCUGUGCAUGCCGACCUUCCAACUGUUGGAGCAACCAAACAGUCUGAGGAACCACCCUGACACUGUGGAUGACCUGUUCAGACUGGCCACAAGGUUUGUCCAAAGGAGUCCUGUCACUUUACUGAGCAGCAGUAUCAUUGUUCAUAUUAUUCAGUGCGCCAUUGCCGCCACCUCAUUGGACCACAGAGAUGCCAACUGUAGCGUAAUGAAGUUCAUACGUGACCUGAUCCACACUGGAAUCUCCAAUGAUCACGAGGAGGACUUUGAGGUGAGGAAGCGUCUAAUUGGUCAGGCCAUGGAGCAGCACGGCCAGCAGCUCAUCAGUCAACUGGUGCACUCAUGUUGUUUCUGUCUGCCGCCGUACACACUGCCGGACGUCGCAGAGGUUCUGUGGGAAGUCAUGCUGUUUGAUAGGCCUAUAUUCUGCCGCUGGUUGGAAAAUGCUUUGAAAGGUUUACCAAAGGAGACAUCAGGAGGAGCCAUGACUGUCACCCACAGACAGCUGACCGACUUCCAUAAACAAGUCACCAGUGCCGAGGAGUGCAAACAGGUGUGUUGGGCCAUCAGAGAAUUCACCAGACUGUUCCGAUAGCUGCCAUCUCACAUGACACCAGGUGAUUUUAAUUUGACCAACAUCCAGAGGUGACGGCAAAAAGCUGCGACUGCAGACGAGUACCUAACGUGAUGAAGAUGAGGAAGAUGGAGGGACUUUGAAUGUGAAACAAGACAAAUCUCUGAAACCUGAGACAGAGUCCUCCCCUAACUCCAGCCAUUCUCACCUGCAGCAGGUGGUGCUGGGUGGGCAGGGUCAGAACUGGAGACCUUCACAGGAUGAACGAUGCAGAUCGGUUCUGUUGGAUCUUUACCGACGAUAAAUCGGGACGUGCCUGCUCGACCGUUUUUAAGAGAUUUAUUUUUUGGGACUUUGGUUUGAUGUUUUUUGUGCCAAAAAAAGAGCCAAAAGAUUUCCCAUGAUGCUCUUGGCAGAGUAGCAGCGUGAGGAGGCGUAACGCUGGAGAGUUUGGCGUCACCUUUGACCUUUUAUCUUUGAUUUAAAUUUAUUUUCGGUUUAUCAUAAAGUGAACCGGAUAGAACUCUGGAUAAUGAG